CUGCCCUGCCCAACGAGGCCACACGGAACCAGCAGCGAAAGUGAUCAUACCGUAUCCCUUCUCGUGCUAAUCUCGUUCCCGUAUCAAUCCCAAACUGCAAAAUCUCUCUCUCUCUCUCUCUCUCUCUAAGAGUUCACUUCCACAUAUACCACGCGGAUCCCCCCCGUGGCCAAACCAGAGCGAAGAUAAAAGAACACACGAACCCAUCUCGGUGGUUCCGCGUAGGGUUCUUCUUUUUGUGCUUCCGAUGCUCUCUGUCCCGUUGCCGUUCCCCUGUAGCCCUGUAUCUGGCCUUUAAUACCCAUAAAGAAACAAUGCAGAUGCAGAGCCUCUCCUUCUUGAUUGAUUCCUAGAGCCAAGACGCGUCCUUUCCUUUUUGGGUUUCUUCCGAUUGCUCUGCUUUUCCACCCCUUUUCGUCGAUUCCUCCUUUUUGCUUGCUUCACCGAUCGAUCCUCUCUCUGCCUCUCGCUUUUCUGUGAAAAAGAUUCAGACCCUUUUGACCUGUUGGGUCGUUUUUCUGUUUUUCCGCCUCCGUUUGGGUUGCUUCGUUUUUUGGCGUGAUCUGCGUCGGGAUGACGGAACUGGGUCAAGAAGAGAGGAGGUACCCGUGCAAGCUCUGCGGGAAAAGUUUCGCCAGCGGAAGGGUCUUGGGAGGCCACGUCAGGAGCCAUCGCGCCGCGGCGGCCUCCAAACCAUCCAAGAACCAGAGGUCGCCCCUCCGUGGCCACGGGACGGAGUUUGCUUGGAGUCUCGAGAAUGUGUGUUGGGUCUGCGGGAAAGGAUUUCGGUCGCGUCGCGCUCUGUUCGGCCACAUGAGACUCCACCCAAGAAGCGAAAGAGGAAGGGAUGCUUUUGGGGUUCUUCCUCAGGAAUGUGGUGAGGCGUUUGAGCCGUUGGGCUCUGUGUAUGCCAAUUCGAGGUCCCAGUCCGAGAAACCGAGGAUCUUUAAUGGAAUGGACGCUGAUACGCCACAAUCCUCGACUGCAACGGCGGCUAGCGAGAUUUGGCGGCCAGACGAGGAAGAGGCGGCGGCUUCUCUUUUGAUUCUCUCUCUGGGCGCCGUGGCGUAUCGGAUGAAGAGAAAAGACGUAGAACACGGCGAGGAUGGUGGACCAAUGCUCAAGAAGGUGAGAACAGAGGCGAUCGUUCCUGAUUUCUCAGAAGGUACGAAGUUGCCGUGCAGAUAUGAUCGCACUGAUCUUGGGUCCGCAGAUGAUGAAGUUCACAUCGAGAUGUUCCUCGGGGGAGUAGAAUUCGAGAAGGUGGCUGAAAAGGGUGAUGCUUUCGGUUCUGUGCAUGGUGGUGGUGAAUUUGAGAAGGGAUUUGAUGGUGCCCUGAGUUUCAAGCUCAAUGGAAUAGUAACCGAAACAAGAGAGGUGGUCAAGUUAGGUCAUCCUGACAUGAGAGAACACUCCUGCAAGAUGAUGACUUUCGCUGCCGGUUCUGAGAAAUCUGAUGAUUCCACAAGAAAGAAGGAGUACAAGUGCAAGAACUGCAACAGGGCAUUCCCAUCGCACCAGGCCCUCGGAGGCCAUUGUGCGCACCCCGGCAAGAGAGGAAGCUUCUGCUCUGCAGUACUGAAGGAUGUGGAGAUACGCGACACCAGUGGUGGUGAAGGGUUUGCAUCAGGAAAGGCCUUGGGUGGUCACAAGAGUGCUCAUCGUGUGGAAGUGGAGGUGGGAGGCUAUGCAGCCAAAGCCAAACAGGACCUUCCUGAGAAGCUGGAGAUUUCAGCUGGUUUGACCAGGCUGAUUGAUCUCAAUGUGCCAUUUGAGCUUCAAGAAGGAGAAGAAGAUGGUGCCCAUCAUCUGCUCAAGAGAUGUUUAGUAAGAGAGCAUGAGCACGGGCCUCUGGUGGGUGCUGUGGUGUAGAUAAAAGUCGAUUCUGCAUAAUUUGUUUUAGGGAGCUCUACUGAGCAACAGUUGAAGAAGAAGAUACGAGUACAGUACAGAUGCCAUCUUUGGGUUGUAAAUGAGUUUCGAUGAUACUGCAUAGUGAGCCAGCUUUUUGUUUCCUAUUGCUCAUGCCUUGUCCUUGGUUCUGAUUCA